AUGUCUAUAGUCGAACUAGUUUUGAUGACAGCUCUGAUGCUAGGUGGCGCCACGGCGCGUUCCAAUUCACGCCGGACCAUCGGCUUUACGCCCACACGAGUCGUGGGCGGCUCGGAUGUGCCGCAUGGCGACUACGUGCCCUACCAGGUCUCGCUACAGUACAGAGUUCGCGACGGACAUGUGCACUUCUGUGGCGGCUCGAUUAUAGCCCCGAACCGCAUACUUACGGCCGCCCACUGUUGCAAGGGACUGAAUGCGAUGCGCAUGUCCGUUGUUGCCGGCAUACGCAAUCUGGACGAUCGAGGCGGAUCACGCUCUCGUGUGCUCUCCUAUGACAUACAUCCCGACUACAGGGAGCUAGUGACCAGCGACAUUGCAGUGCUCAGCAUUGAACCUCCUUUAGUCUAUAACAAUGUCAGCGUGGCGGCCAUUGAGUUUGCCUCGAAAGAGUUUGUGGGCGGCGGCGAGCCAGUUACCCUGACAGGUUGGGGCUUGCGUUUGCCGGUCGCCUUUCCAUUCCUAGAGAGCGUCAACUAUCCAAAUACGCUGCAGCGCAUGAGCUACAGUACGCUUACGAAUCAAGAGUGUCGAGAUAUGGGCAUGGCAGAUGUUUCAGACACCGAGAUUUGUGCCAGAGGAGUCUUCAGGGGCGCCUGUUCGGGUGACUCCGGUGGUCCACUGGUCCGCAACGAUAACGGCUUAAAGCAGGUUGGAGUGGUGUCCUAUGGAUUGGUCGUGUGCGGACUCUUCAUAUCGCCCGAUGUCUACACAAGAGUAUCCACCUUCAGCAACUGGCUUCAGGAUCGCAUAAAGUAG